CUUUGUAUCAGAGACAUGAGGCACCUGCUGGAGAGAGUGCACUGCCAGUACCUGCUCCACAAGUGUCUGCAUCCUGCCACCCAUCCAUUAUUAGAUUCUAUGCCAGUCACCAGCCCACCCUGCCUGCUCCUGCCCUCACUCCUCCUACUCUCUGCACACUUGGCAUUGUAUCUCCUCACUGCUGGCAGAUCCAGGACUCGGCUCCCGCACCCCCGGCAGCUCCUGCAGAAGUUUGUGUCAGUGACCCGCAUGCUGCUCUCUGGAGACCCGGCUGAUGCAGCAGGAGACCCCCGGACAUCAGCCCUGACAUCUGGCUAUGAGAUGGGUGAAGUCCAGAUGUGCCACACAGUGUACCCCUGGCACUCCAACCACUGUGGGGAGCUGAGUGCUGGACAGCUCCUCACCUGGAUUGACACCACAGCCUGCCUGGCAGCGGAGAGACAUGCCGGUGUUGCCUGCGUUACAGCAUCUGUGGAUGAUAUACAAAUUGAAGCGACAGCUAGAAUUGGACAACAAAUUUGCAUUAGGGCAAAAGUGAAUAGAGCAUUCAACACAAGCAUGGAGGUUGGUAUCACAGUUGCGGUAGAAGAUCCAUUGACAAGUGUCCAGAAACAUGUUUGCACAGCAUUUUCCACAUACGUGGUCAGGCCUCUUGGAGCAAAAAAGGUUAAUCUAAAACCUGUGAGGCUUCAGUCUGCAGAGGAUCACUUGGAGUAUAGUCUGGCAGCUGAGAGGAGGCGUAUACGGCUUUAUCAUGAAGAUGCCUAUAACAAUCUGAUGGAAGAUGCCUCUGCCUAUUAUGAUGCAGAUUGGGAAAAUGACAAUAACAAGGUCUCUACAGACUGCACUCGUGUAGAAAGUAUAGAACUGGUUCUCCCACCCCAUGCAAACCAUCAGGGAAACACCUUUGGAGGGCAAAUCAUGGCCUGGAUGGAAACGGUAGCAAACAUCUCUGCCAGCCGUCUUUGUCGUACACAUGCAAUUCUGAAGUCUGUGGACAUGUUCAAGUUCAGAGGUCCAUCCACUGUAGGAGACAGACUGGUGUUUCGGGCGAUUGUGAAUAACACUUUUCAAAAAAGUGUGGAGGUUGGUGUCCGUGUGGAAGCCUAUAACUGUGAGGAAUGGACUGAAGGCAAGCCGCGCCAUAUUAAUAGUGCUUUCCUGAUUUACCAAGCCCUUGAUGCCAAUAAAGAGUAUAUAUUGUUCCCCAGAGUCAAAGCCUCUACUAAGGACAGUAUCCGAAGGUUUCGUGGAGCCAUUGCACGAAGGAAAAUACGCGUAGCAAGAAAAUACAUCCUGACCAACAAGCCAGAAAAACCUAUCUCCAUUCCUUGGGACAAAUGCAACCAGGCCUAUCUCAGUUACAAUAAUGUUGCUACACUGACUGUCCUGGCCUCCAGUGAUGGAUGGGAAUUGACCAGCACAAAGAAAAAUAUCAGGGUAUUAACACAUGAAGAAAAUGACAUUUUGACAAUAAAAAUUGAGAUGCAAGUGAAGAUUCAAGCCAGCCAAGCUUACCUGUUGCUAUCUGACCUUGGGCUGCGACCACGUUGGGAUGUGCAUUACUUAAGCUGCCAGAUUGUUGAAUCUGCUGGUGAUGAUGAUAAAAUAUUCUAUGUAACCUGCCCACCUGUAAAGCAAAGCAAGACCAGAGAUUUGGUGAUGCUAAUGUCUCGGCGGUAUCCCAGUAAGAAUGGAGAUCCUUAUGUGAUUGCAAUGAGAUCAGUGACAUUGUCAUCCUGCCCGCCAUCAGUACAGUACCUGAGAAGUGAGGUGCAGUGUGCAGGGUUCCUAAUAUACAGUCAGAGCAAAGAUGAAUGCCAGGUGACCUAUGUGAACCAGCUGACCUCUGGCAUAAUGCCGUACAUUGAAGAGAAUCUCACUGGCUGGUCUAAUUCCAUACACGAGACUGCAUCCUCUUGUAUACAUUUUUUAGAGACUGCCAAGGUGUGCACCACACUGUUGUAGAGAUCUUCUCUACCUUGAUCUUGAACAAGAAAUUUCUCAGUAUUGUAGACUUGUAAAUGAACUUUUGAAGUAUGAAAGAAGCAAUCUGAAUACACAUCCAAGCGUAUUAUCCUCCAUAUUUUCUUUAUCCUAAGAACCUCCACAUUUGACACCUACUACACCUAGAUCUAGAGGUUUGCACUAUUGUUUCCACCAUUAAAGGGGUUCUCCACUGGCCAGUGUUUGGCAGUAAAUGUUCCCAACGCUGUUUUCGUGCUGCGGGGGUCAGCCACGCCCCUUGUGUCAUCAAGGCCAUGUCCCUCAAUGCAAGUCUAUGGGAGGGGCGUGACGGUAGUACUUCCAAAUGCUAGACAGUGGAGUACUGUGCACUGCACUAGUUUUCUUCCUUUCCUUGCACUUCUGAUCACCCACCGCUCUACUGCUGAUCAUUCUCCCCUGUAAAAUUAAUGAACAAAGAUGUGGGGCUUUUAAGGGGAUUCUGAAUUUUUUAUUUUUAAAUCAAUGGCCUGCUCUGUCAUAAAUAUCCGAUUGGUGGGGGUCUGAUACCCCUGGAGAUCAGCUGUUUAACAAAACUGGCAAAGAGACAAUGCACAGAGCUGUCUUAGCUCAACUCCCAUUCACUUUCAUGUGAACUAAGCUGCUGUACCCCAGCACAGACACUACACGAUGUAUGGUGCAAUCUGCUUCUGCCUUUUUACUGUAUACGCCCAAGGCUCUGCCAAACAGGGAUGCCAGAUGUCAGACCCCCACCAGUCCUAUAUUGAUAUUUACGUAGCCGUGGGGCAGGCUAUCAAUAAAGUCAGAAAAAUUCCUGUAAAGGCUCCACCUAUUUGUUUCCAAAAUGCAGGUGACAUUUCCUACCCAAACAUUAAAUGAACUCACAGACACAUACAUAAUUUAAACCUUAUGACAAUCACCCAUUACUAUUCCGUACAAUUAGUUUCUAAAGAAGUUUUAAAAUUGCAAAAGAAUGUGACAUAAUACAGAUGUGAAUUUUAGAAUUGUAACUGGCAUUGCUGUAGACUAGAUCUGGCUGCUGUAUAUAUGAGCAUACUUUGCUGCCUUCAGUACAGACUAUGUAGAACAUUAGGCAUUUUGUACAGCUAUGAUCACUCCUACUUAUGCUCUAUAUAGUCUUAGUUUUGUAAAAAAAAAUAUAAUAUGCAAUUAAAAAUCUUUCUAUACCUUU